CUGUUCUUCAGACCAACAAUGGUCCUGGUUUGACAGGGUUGAUGACCAUCGCUGCCCACUUGGUCAAGCAGGCCAAGAAGGACCAACUGCUGGGAAGCACUGCCGAGGAGAAAGCUGUUGUUCAGCAGUGGUUAGAAUAUAGAGUGACUCGAGUAAAUGGAAGCUCCAGUAAGGAAGAUACUAGAACAGUUCUGAAGGAUCUUAACAUGCACCUUGAAGAUAAAGUCUACCUGGCAGGAAACAUUUUCACCUUAGCAGACAUUUUGAUGUACUAUGGAUUGCAUCAUAUCAUGGUGGACCUCACAGUGCAAGAAAAGGAGAAGUACCUCAAUGUGUCUCGUUGGUUCAGCCACAUUCAGCACUACCCUGGUGUCCGGCAACAUCUGUCCAAUGUCGUCUUUAUCAAGAACAGAUUAUACACUAAUGCUCAUUAAGGAAAAUCUAAAUGUUGUGUUGGAAGGAGGUUUGGGAAUUUAGAAGUUAUACUGUCCAAAGCCACUAACUUGAAAACAUUGUUUUGUAACCAUCCGUAUGUGAACCAAAACUGUUAAUGCCUCAAAUAAUACAAUUGCAUUGAAUUGCUGCUGUUC